CGUCCCAUGAUGAACUUGUGUGGCUGGUUUGAUAUGAGGGUGUUGCUGUUUCAACGCUGUUGAUUAAUUUUGAUGGCUCCACGAUCCAUAACUGAGCUGUUUUGAAGUAUUUCGGUACCAGUGGAGUAACAAAUCAAAGCCAGCCCAAGCGACCACUGAAGGAUUCUCACAACAUGAGCAUGAGCACGUCCUCUGGUGGCCCGACCCCCUUGGACCACGGGGUCCAGAUCCGCUUCAUCAAGGACCUCCAGGACGCCCGUGGUGGCGGGGUCCCGGGCCCCCAGCCUCGGACCAAGCCCCGUCCUGCCUCCAAAUAUGGGGUGGCGGUGAGGGUGCAGGGGAUCGCCGGCCUGCCCUACGUGGUCCUAAAGGACGGAGGGGAGAAGGGGGACUCGUACGGCGUGCAGCUGAAGACGCACUACCCCCCCGGCUACGGCAGCCUCCCGCGGCGCAGGGAGAAGGCGGAGGUGGGGGAGCAGGGGGGGGAGGUCAUGUACGGAGGAGGCGGAGGCGGAGGAGGAGGGGCGCUACGCAGGGCCCAGUCACAUGGCUCGCUGCUGGACCGGGACGGGGAGGAGCCGGGAGGAGGCGAGGAGUUCCAGCUCAGGCGGCCCCCGGGGGACGGGAGGUCGGGGAGCUAUGGCAACCUUGAUGGAGGGCUGGUCGUCGGGAGGGAGAGAGAGGGUGCCAGGGGAGGGGCCGUCAGAGAGGCGGACCAGAACGGGCGUUAUCAGAACGGCUCCCUCGAUGGAACAAGGGGGGUCCAGGUCAGGCCCAACCCCCCUCCUCCUGCUCCUCCUCCUCAAACCACGCAGCUCAACUCUGGCCAAAGACGGAUCACCCCCGUCAACAGACUGAUCAACAGGUUUGAUGGCCGAGGAGGAGGAGGAGGAGGAGGAGGAGGAGGAGGAGGUGCUGGUGCUGGUGGAGCCGAGCAACAAAGGGUCUACUCUCCACGACCGGAAGACCCCAGAGAGGCCUCCCCUGUGCUCACCCCCAAUCCCUACUCCUCCAGGCCCUCCUCCACCGACAGCAGCCUGGGACGGAACCAGAGCUCUGCCUCCAGUGGGCCUCAUCAGUGGUCUCCAACUGGGAGAGCAGUAGCUGUGGACAACAACAACAGCGCUCCCAUCCAUAACUCGGAGAAACACGUGACCCCUGACCUUUUAUUGGACCAGGGUCAGGUGGUGAACGAGGAAGAGGAACAGCUCAUGCAGACCCUGUACAGCAUCCUGAGAGACGGAACCAGUGAGAGUGAGGUUGCCAUCAGGCAGAAAGUCCAGGUCAUAUUUCAGAAGGUCCAGAGCCUCAGGUCCAGGGACGGGUCCGGUGCGGAGUGGAGGAAAGAGAAGCGGGAGCUGGAGAGGAUCCUGGGCGACCUGCAGGCCGCUCUGAAGGAGGAGAGGAGGGUAGGUGGAGCCCCGUGGGGCUCCAGUGGCAGGCCGGACCCUGCUCUCCGAGAGCAGCUAGAGUCGUCCCUGGACGAGAACAUCCAGCUCCAGGAGAUGCUUGGUCGGAAGAACAAGGAGUUCCACCAAACACAGUCUGAGCUGAUUCAGCUUCGCAUGGAGAGGGAGAACGCAGAGACACGGGUCAGGGAUGUGGAGGACCAGCUGGCUGGGCUCCAGGACGAGCUGAGGGAGAGCAGCAGGACGGAGUUGGCGGGCUUCCAGGCCCAGCUGGCGGAGGCGUCCCAGCUGAAGCAGCGUCUGGAGGAGGGCCUGCGGCAGCGGGAGAGGGAGCUGACGGCGCUGAAGGGCGUGCUGAAGGACGAGGUGGCCUCGCACGACCGCGACAUGGAGAGCCUGCGGGAGCAGUACAGCACCGACAUGGAGAAGCUCCGUGGCAGCAUGGAGCAGGUGUCCCAGUCCCAGGCGGGGAUCGAGGCGGAGCGGCUGCGGGUCAACUCCUCGGUGCGCUCCCUGCAGCAGCAGCUGGAGGACUGCCGGGACGAGAGCAGCCACUGGAUGGAGCAGUUCCACACCACCAAGGAUGAGCUGCGCACCACCCGGCAGGAACUGCUGAAGGUGCGUCUGGAUAAGGAGGAGUUUGAGGAGGAGCUGAAGGAGCUCCAGGGACGGGUGAGCUCCAUGAAGCAGCAGAUACCUGACCCCAGCCACGCAGAGUCCCUCUCAAAGGAGCUCUCGAGUUCCCGUUCAAACCUGCUGAAGGUGCAGUCAGAGGUGGAGAAGCACAGGACUGACAUGGACAGGAAGGUGAUGGAGGUGAUUUCCUUGAAAAAGGCCCACCAGGAACAGGAGGCGGAGCUCAAGUAUGAGAUUGACAGGCUGAAGGAGCAAUUGAAGAAGGCCAAAGAGGAGUUCGCCAAGGAACAACAAAGAAGCAAAAAGCUUCCAGACCCAUCGGUCGUCUCCGAGAUGGAGCAGAAGCUCGGGGAGGCCAAAGGGGAGGGGACCCGCCUUCAGGAGAAGCUCUCAUUGGUCGAGGCGGAGCUACAAUCUACCAAGACCUGCCUUUGCAGAGCGCGGACGGAACUAGCCGAUCUCAGAGACUCUGAGAAGGAGCACGAGGAAGCCAGCAAACGCAUCAGAGAUAAAAUCGUACGCCUUGAGGCGCAAAUGCAGAGCAGCACCUCAGAGAGCUCUGAGCUGGAGGUGGCCUUUCACAGCGAGAUCAGGGGGCUGAAGUCGGAGCUAGAUGAGGCCAAGAGGAAAGCCUCCCGCCUGGGCCAGGAGACCAUAGAGCUCCGGCAGAGCCUGGAGGUCCGGGAGAGGGAGAAGGAGGCGCUGGCUCAGUCCCACAGCCAGCUGGAGGAGGCCCGGCUACAGCAGGAGAAGGCUCUAGAGAAACUUCUCAAGGAGCAUGAGUCGGUGCAGGGCUCGUCCAGAGAGGAGGUGCAGAUUCUGCGGGCCCAGCUGGAGGAGCAGCGGGAGAAGACGCGUAAGGAGACUCAGGAGGCCCAUCGCCACGGCAACGACGCUCAGGCUGAUCUGGAAAGGAGCCAGGCCAGUCUGAGGAGGCUGGAGGAGGAGAUGUCGCGGCAGAAGAAGGAGCUGCUGCUGGCGUGUGAGGAGCGGGACAACCACCAGCUGGACCGAGAGCUGCUGACCAACAGACUGCGCCACCUGGAGGGAGAGCUAGAGAACAGCAAGAACAGCCACAGCGAGAAGAGCCGCGAGAACCGCCUGCUGGAGGACAAGAUGAAGCGGCUGGAGCUGGAGCUGGAGGAGGAGAAGGGCAACGCCGAGAUGCUGAUGGACCGGGUCAACCGCAGCCGGGACCAGAUCGACACGCUGCGCUCGGAGCUGCUGCAGGAGAGGUCCUCCAAGCAGGACCUGGAGCUGGACAAGACCACCAUGGAGAGACACCUGAAGGAGUUGAAGAGCCGCCUGGCGGACAUGGAGGGCCAGUCUCGCUCCUCAGCAGGUGUCUCUCAGCUGGAGCUCCAAGUCCAGGAGCUGGAGGAACGUCUACGCAGUGAGGACAGGGAGAAGAACUCAAUGGUGGCGUCCCAGCGUCGCCUUGAGAGAAAACUGAAAGAGCUCAGCAUGGCCCAGGACGAGGAGAGACAGCAGCACACGGAUCAGAGAGACCAGCUCACCCUGCGGGUGAAAGCCCUGAAGAGGCAGGUGGAUGAGGGGGAGACGGAGGUGGAGCGUGUGGACGGGCUGAGGAGGAAGGCCCAGCGGGAGAUGGAGGAGCAGCUGGAGCAGAAGGACGCGCUCCAGACCCGCAUCAAAGCGCUGGAGACGGAGCUCAAGAGGAAGACCCAGGCGGUGAGACGCCAGGCCCUGGAUUCCUCCGCCCUCAGCUCGGAGGACGACGAUGACGACAGCCUGUACGACCCCUCCGGCAUCACCUCCUACCUCACCGAGAGCAACCUGCAGACCAGCUCCUGCUAGCCCCCGCGCCCCCAGGGCAGGGCGCUGGGUCUCUAAGGGGAAACCACAGUGGUAUGGGGCGGGGGAGUUUAGGUGGAUUGGUCAAGUCUGAAAUGAAACGGCUAUAGUGUAGUGGCGGGAGGAUUGCCCUUGUGUUGAAGCAAUGCAGAGAUUAGUCCAGGAGAGUGGCUAUUAAAAGGCCUCGAGGUGAAUUGGAGGAAACGCAGGAUGUGGCGGAGCUUUCCUCGGAAUAUGUGUGUUCGGGGGGAGGGGGUCUUUGGCUGAAGCACUACAUUGGGACACUACAUGUGGACUUUUGCUACGGAGCCACAUUGUGUGUGUGUGAUUUCAGUUUGAAAAUGAAUGCGUUGUGGCCCUUUCUCUUUGGCCUGACACGAUGGGUGCACAGAUCUGGCCUGCUGUAGUUGUGGAUGUCAGCCAGACAACAAGGCAGGGAAUGGUGCUGCGGUACAUUCUAGGAUGAGUUGAGGAAGCUGGGAUUUUCAGUGAAAAUGACACUGAUAUAAGUAUGCAUUCUGUAUUUGUGUUAUAAUACUGAGCCUAAUGCCUCAUUUGAAAUCAGGACUUUGCUCUUGUUCCUUGAAACGUUCAUUUCCGAUUGAUUUGGAUUGAAUAAUGUACAACCUUUUAGGUCCUUUCCUUCAGAGUUCACUAUUUCCAGUGUAAGUGAUUCCUACAUCACUCGCCUCAACUCAUUUAUGCACACCUUAUUUUUCUUUGUUGAUUGUUUUGUUGAACCUGUAUGACAUUAUGCAUAAUAAUCAAUGUUGGAUUUUUGUUAGUUUUGUAAUAGAGCCGCAUGGACCAAAUGUUGGUUAAAAAGUUUAUGAUUACCACAAGUGUCUUUUGGACAAACAGUUUGUACAAGGAUGGUGCAAUGGCUGUUCCUGGCCAAUGGGGCCAAAGCCUUGUGAUGAGAUGGCUAAUAUUUCAUCAACCAUAUCUUAUGAUUUCACUGUUGAAAAUGUUCCUAUAAAGUGUUAAGACUCUUCUUUA